GCGGGAGCCUUUGAAGCGUUGAAGCGCAGGUAUGGGCAAUGUGGGAGGUAUUCGCCUCGCGUGCGGUCCAACCUCCAUGUGCACGGGGGUUGGAAGCUGUGGCGACUGGAAGAAUCGGCAAACCUCCGCUGACGGCCUGGUGCUGGGUGCGUGGGGAAAGAACCCUUCAACCUACGAGUACCCAGCAUGCGGGUCCUCAACACCGAGGAACCCGCUGGAGAUGCCGCAUGAGCCCAGCCCUGUUGGGAGCAGCCCUGCCAGAGAUUUGGUGAGGAAGUUCGUGCGGGACAUGCUGCAGGGCAUGGCCGUGGCGGUCCCUCCGGCUUGGCCCGGGGACGUGUGCGGGCACAACGUCAUCGUAUCCCUGGAUAAGCGGAUGAAGGUGCUUUGUGUCCGAUCAGCGGACCCUGCCGCGGAGGUGGCGACCCAGUUGGGCGUGCCGCUCACGAGCAUCGCCAGCAUCGCCUUUGGGUGCUGCAGCCCUGGGGAGGGCCGCAUGAUGGCGACGGAGCGCUCCGUCACCUUGUUCCUCGAUGAAGGAUAUGGCCCCUCGAUCGUCCUGGAAUUCAAAGAUCUUGAGGAGCGCGACACCUUCGCGAUUUGCCUCUCCAUGUUUGUGGAUGGCAGAAAGGUGGAAGUAGACUGCCGAGAGAAGCGGUCGCUGUAGUCAAGAGAGAUCACCGUGCUUUCGACGCGCCCCAGCCA